UAUCAAAAGAGACAGAGAAUCGAGUCACAUUUAGUACGUUUUAAAACGAAGUAGCGAUAAGUUCGUGUGUCCGUGUGCCCCGAACCGCUAAGCUCUAAGUGUGUGCAAAAGAAAAGAAAAUUGUUGUAAAAAUCCAUCAUGUUAAUCAAAGAAUUCCGUGUUACUUUGCCAUUGACCGUUGAAGAGUACCAAGUAGCUCAAUUAUUUUCGGUGGCCGAAGCGUCGAAAAAUGAAACGGGUGGUGGCGAAGGCAUCGAAGUUAUAAAAAACGAACCGUUCACCGAUCAUCCACUUCUCAAUGGCAAAUACAGUUCGGGACAAUACACCUAUAAAAUAUACCAUUUGGCUUCGAAAGUGCCCGCAUUCAUUCGUUUGGUGGCACCAAAAGGCUCACUAGAAAUACACGAAGAAGCAUGGAAUGCCUACCCAUACUGCCGAACAGUCCUAACCAAUCCGGGAUAUAUGAAAGAGAAUUUUAUUAUUUGUAUUGAAACGUUACACAUCGGUGAUGUUGGCAAUCAAAACAAUGUGCACGAGCUACCCGCUGACAAAUUGAAAACCAGAGAAGUGGUUCACAUCGACAUUGCCAACGAUCCAGUCGCCACAAAUGACUACAAAGCAGCAGAGGAUCCAGCCACAUUUAAAUCGGAGAAAACGGGCCGUGGACCAUUGGUUGGCCCCGAUUGGAAGAAUAAUGUAACGCCUGUGAUGACUUGUUACAAAUUGGUAACUUGUGAAUUCAAAUGGUUGGGUUUGCAGUCAAAAGUGGAGAGUUUCAUUCAGAAAACUGAACGAAGGCUGUUCACCGUGUUCCAUCGUCAACUGUUCUGUUGGAUGGAUCGUUGGUAUGGUUUGACAAUGGAGGACAUUCGUGCUCUGGAAGACAAAACCAAAGAGGAAUUAGAUCGACAGCGUCAACAUGGAGAUGUGCGUGGAAUGCGUGCUGAAUAAGUAAAAUGUCAAGUUGCCCCUCUCGUCUCCAUUCGCAACGCAAUGAGAAAAAAAAAACAUGUGUGUUGCAUGAGAAAUCGACGGAAGCUGAACCAACAUUUAAAUAUUUAACAAAAAAUUAAACAGUAAAAAAAAAUUUGCAAAAUUCUAUAAAUAAAUUGAAAGUGAAAGCAAAACAAAAAAAAGAAUUAUGGAAAAAUAAAAACGAAUGAAAAAGAAAAUUUGUUGUAAAUUA